AUGAAAUCAAUUUAUAUCGUAUUAUUACUUGUUGUUGUAUGUGUACUUGCAAUUGAAGGUUUACUUUUUCAUAAAAGCAAUGGUACAACUACGAAGGAUAAGCCAACCAAAGCACCUAAGAAAGAAAAAUGUAUGAUUGUUAAGGGUAAAGGAAAAAAUUUAGUGGGUGAUAUUAUUCAUAUUCAUAAAGAAUUUGUUCCAACAUUGAAAAUUAUUGAUAAUAUUGCUAAACAAUGUAAUAUUAAAUUAGCUAUCAAGAGUUCUUAUGAACAACUUCCAGACCCAUCGAAAUCAUUAAAAUUUACAACAGCAAAUGCUGGUAAACAUUUGAAAUUUUUUAUUAUGGAUAAAACUGGAAAAAAAUUAGUUUGUAAUAAUAUUUGUCUUACUAAAGAAGGUGAAAAAGUUGCAGAAGUUAAAUGUCUUGCUACUGGUUUACGUAAAGAAAAUUUACGUUAUGGACCUCAUGGUGAAGCAGGUACACUUGAUGAUGCAUCUGAUUCAAAACCUGGUUUUACAGAUGAUACUCGACGUAUUCAAGAAGCAUGUAAAGGUGUCAAACUUUAA